UAUGAACCAUGUACAUAAGACUCAACUAAUCAUCAAAAUUUGCACAGAAAAAUUUAGUAAUAACUUAUGAACAUCUUUUUCAAAUCGGUUAAUAUUAGUAGAGGGUAUCUGAACAUUCCUCAAAAUGAUUCCGGAGUUGUGGGCAAAAUAUAACACCUUAACUUUAAGGCCUGCAAUGAAUCAUAUAAAGAAAUACAACCAUCUACUUAAAUGGAAAAAUAACGAGUCUAUUUUGGAAGUGGCUAGUGGAGAUGGAAUGAUCGCGAAACACGUCCUAGUACCCAUUCUCCCGAAGGAUUAUAAAGAGUUUUACAUUACAGACAAAGAACCCGAAUUCGUGAAAUACAUUAAACGAAAUGUAAAUAUACCAAAAUCAAAAGUUUUUAAGCAAGAUAUUGUUGAAGAUGAAGUUCCAAAAGAAUUGGAAAAUAGGUUCGAUCACGUUUUCGGAUUUUUCUUCUUGAAUAUGUUAAGGGAAUCAAAGAAUGUUAGAAAAGCAUUGGCGAACACUCACAAAAUGUUAAAACCAGGUGGACAAUCGUUUUUCAAUUUUCUGGAAUAUACCCCUAUAGAUGAUAUAUUGAUAAAAAUGGUAAUUCAUCCAAAAUGGGGAAGAUACACACACAUGAUGAGUGCUCAUUGCUGCCAUGAAAAUCCGUUAGAAGCUUAUACUAAAGAUUUUAUAGCGGCUGGUUUCGAAGACGCAGCUUAUAAUACUGAAAAAGAAACAUGGGAACUCGAAGAAGGAUCUGAAUGGGAACAUUUAUUUACUUCAACUAAUCCAAUAGUGUCAAAAAUUCCUGAAAGUCAGAGAGAAGAUUAUAUCCGAGAUUAUGUAGAAUAUUGCAGAAUGGUUGGUCCCCCGAAAGUAAAAACAGCUGAGGGAAAAGUGAUUAGGAAACUUGUCAAAAAUGUGUUGAUAGUAGUCGCUAAUAAGAGAUAACAAUAACAUACAUUACGAACUUUGUACAAAGUAAAGAUUAAUAUAGCAAUAUAAGAGAA